AUGCUCGGAAUUUACUACCUCUUGGUACCCCCAGAGCGUUUAUUAGUCAAGGAGAACACGACCCGCCGGCAGCGGCGGCGGGCAGGUGUGCGCGUGUCGCCGCCUGACGCAGGGCGCGAGUCGAGCUGCCGGGUGUCGCCGCCGCUCCCCGCGGCCCCCAGCCGGCCCGGCCCCCUCCUCCCCACGCCCCGCCACCCGUCGGGCUGCGGCGGUGGAGCGGCGGCGACCGCGGGUUCCGCGUGCGGCAGCCGAACGCCGCCCGCCCUCCGCGCCGCGUCCCCUCGCGGCUCACAAUGUGCUGACCCUCCCGGCUCCGCCGCGCGCACUCCGGACUCCGGCGGCCGCGCUCCCUCUGGAAGGGACACACUGCAGGCCCCUUCCUCCGUCCCGUCCCGUCCCCCCGGACUGAACACCACACGCGUCAUCACACCCCGUUCCCCGCUCACACCCGGGCUAGCGGGCGACCAUGAGGCCCUGGAGGUUUUUCAGAAGACGAUGAGGUCAUUCAACCAGUUUUCAUCAGCCCCAGAGUGAAUCCUUUGACAUGGAGAUGAUGCUCUAAUGAGUAUCAUGAAAAAGAAGAUUCUGAAAAGUUGCUACAAUAUUUUAAUUUACCAACUAGUUUCUGAUAACUGUAGAUUGUGGUUUUUCUGUGGGGGCAAACUGGAGACAGUCCAGAUAACCUUUUUCUUUUCUGUUGGGAAAUAAUGUUAACACCAAUGUGUUAAGUGACUGCAAUAAAGUUUCAUGUCUGUG